AUGGCCUCCCGCUCGAGGUCUCGGUCGGCCGACCGCUACGACGACGACCGCUCCCGGUCUGGAUCUCCUCGCCGCAACCGUUCUCCCACACCUCGCUCCGCCCGCGACUACUCGCGCGAACCCUCGCCCGCCCUCAGAGACAGAGACGCUUCCCUCGACCGUGAACGAGGUCGCUCGCCGCCCCGCAGGAACGGUGGUGGUCGUCGUAGCCUGAGCCCGCCACCCGCUCGCGCUAGGAGCUACAGCCGUGGAGGAGACAGUCGCUCGAGAUCCAGAAGCCCAACCCGUAGCCCGAGCCCAGUACAGCCGGUCAGGAGCACCAAGAUUGUCGUCGAGCGCCUGACCAAGAACAUCAACGAGAACCACCUCCGCGAGAUCUUUGGCCAGUUUGGAGAGAUUGAGGAUUUGGAUCUGCCUCUUAACAGGACAUCCCGCACAAACCGUGGCACAGCCUACAUCCUCUACGUUCACGAAGCCGACGCCGAAGCCGCCAUCGCCCACAUGCACGAAGCCCAGCUUGACGGCACCGUUAUCAACGUCUCCAUUGUCCUCCCCCGCCGCAAAUUCUCUCCUUCCCCACCUACCGCUCGCAGGGGGGCCAACUACGAUCCCCGCCAACCCCCGCCGGGACCCAGAGGAGGAGGCCGCGGCGGCCGUAACAGAUCUCCCGGACCCCGUGGUGGUGGACGUCACGCACAUCGCUCCGAUACCUAUCGACCUCGGUCGGUGUCGCGGUCACGAUCCCGCUCGCGCUCGCCUGUGGCGGCGUCUGGAGGAAACAGGAGGUAUCGGUCCAGGUCACGCUCUUGGUCUUCCCGCUCACGCUCUCCUAGCCCGAGAGGCGGAAAGGGUAGCCGAGGAGGCGGUGGUAGAGGUGGAAGAAACGACGUGGACGGCAGAGGACGUAGGAGUCCUAGCCGCGCUAGUUACGACAGCUACGAUCGCAGGAGCAGGAGCCGCAGCCGCAGUCGUGAUUGGGACAGACGUUAG